CUAGAAGAAGAAGCGGCACGAGCGCGUCGAACCACGUAGCGGAUGUAAGCUAACGUUAGAUAACAGUACAAGAAGGAGAAAGCUGUGUCGUUCAGUGUAUUAGAAUAAUCAUUUUUUGAAGUAAUGUUCGAUUCUUUUCUUUUGUUUUAUAUGCGUGACGCAAACCCAACGUGACGGUGUAGCUGUGCGCGUCUCGGAUAAAGCUGUUGUGUUUCCAGCGGUAGCUAGCGGUGUUUCCUAUCGUUGCUAGUCUGACAGCUAAACUAGCUUCCGGUAUUGCCGAAGAUCACCGACGCACACCACAAGCUGGCUUCCCUGCACUGUGGCAGGAAGGACACAACGUCAGUGAUUAUGGAAGUUGACGAAAUGGAGACGAGAAUACCGGAGCUCCAGAUCUCAGACAAGACAAAGAGAGACGAAGAAAAAAUGUCAGAUUUCCCAUGCAAAUCUGUUGCCUCCACAAAUGAAACUCCCAGCAAGGAGACACACUUGAAGGACGGUUCAGACGUGCUCAAUGUAAAGAGAGCAGUGGUGGUCUUGACCCGACUCCCUGAAUAUAAGAUCAGCGCUCUGCGACCACCAACGCCUCAGCAGUUCUACAGUGAAGACGACUCCCUGAGCAGCUCUGAUUCUGAUAUGCAGUGGGAACCAGAAGAUGAUUCUUGUGAUUCAGAAUUCUCGCUUUCACAAAAUAAAAAGAGAACUGUAAAACACAUUGCUGCAUCACACACGGGCAGGAUGAACAUCAACAACAACAACCUCAAUGAACCGCCCCCUGUAAUAAUAUCAUCGGCUUUUGCCCAUUGCUCCAAUGAAACCACGAAGAGCCGACCCAAUUUGCCAGAAGAAGAGGUCAAAGUGGACAUGGUGGUCCUGGGCAGGAAGAGAUCCAUGAGAUGGCAACGUGGGAAAAUAUUAGAUAUAGUAACAAAGGAAGAUGGACGGUUGAAGUACAAAGUUAGUUUUGAAGAAAAGGGGAAAAGCCUGGUGUCUGGCCACCACAUCGCCUUUGACACCACCCCGAAGCUGGAGCAGCUGUUUGUCGGUGCUCGUGUGGUCGUCAGGUGUCAAGAUAACAAGUUCCAGUUCCGGCCGGGUGUUUUGGCAGAACUCCCCAGCAGAAAGAACCGCUUACGGUUCUUGGUCUUUUUGGAUGGUCACAUGCCGGUCUAUGUUGGCUUACCUUUAUUUCACCUGGUGUGCAGACCACUGGAAGUUGUUCUAGACGACAUUCCCGAUAGUCCUCACAAGUCCUUCAUGACGCAAUACCUGAAGGACUGGCCGUACCCUCAUUUGACCCAGUACAGGGCUGGACAGAGCCUCAAUGCCGAAUUAAAUGGAGCCCAGCAGAGGUGUCAGGUGCAAAUGCUCGACUGCAGCUUGAUGCAGGUUGUUUUUCAGAAUAAUCAACAUAAGGAGUGGAUCCAUCGAGGCUCCAUGCGACUUGAACACAUGGCAAGAUUUUUGCAAAUGAAAGGAGCGGAAGAGCACGAGAAUGAUUCGGACUGAAAGCCAACAGAAUCGUAUAAUAGAGGGACUUUGGAAUAUAAAUUAUAAAUAGAAAAAUGUAAUACAUUUUCCAUAAUAUGUGCCAUAGGACUUUUUUAGGAAAGGUUAAUAUAUACAAUGUCAGCUCAUAAUAAGAUGGUCAAAUAAUGAGUUAAGCGCACAUGAAUUAUUUAAUCCAAUAUGCUUUGCUUUGUUUUUAAAAGAAUUGUCAAGAUACAGGUAUUUGGUGGAUUGUUGCGCUUCUAACUGAAGUUGUGCACCAUUAAAACAUGGUGAGCAAGUUUUUUCCAGAAAUGUGAAUGCAUCUUAAGACCAGUUUGUAAUAUUUAGGGGAGGACUAUCCAGCAUAGUUCUCCUCCAUGUUUGGCACACAGGAGAUCAGAUGAGGCCACAUCCUACACACUGCACCUUGAAGUUUAAACAAGCAACUUUGCAUGUCGCAGACAUGCAUAUUAGCUUCUUGUUUAGUCUUUAUUUAACUUUUCUUAAAUUGUGCAUUUAAUGCAAAUAAUUGUAGUGAUAUUUGCUUUGUUGAUGUGUUCUGGGAAGCUGGAAAGACCAAGUUGGAUGUCACAGUAAAUAUUUUUGCAACAUAUUCUUCAGUUGUUUAAUUUUAUUUGGAUAUGUCCUAAUUACAUUACAUCAAAAUUAUGUUAGUGGUGCAUUCCCCCAUGUGGGGACAUCAACGAAAGGUGCUGAAAAUAUGCAGGUUAAUCAACUUCCUCAAAUAUGCUACAUUUGGAAACAAAAGAUGAAGAAAAGUUUACAUGUUUUUAUUUUAUGGCCAAUGAACUUCUCAUUCUGUGAUGGAGAUGGGGAGCUUGUUCCGCCAUGUGGAGCCAAGACGGCAAAACAUUUUGACCUUUUUCAGCAGCAAUUCUUUUCAAAGUCUCAAAUCGUUUAGUUCUGGGCCACGUUCUUAAUACAUACAAUACCGUGUACCUGUUUAUAAUGUUGAGUCAAAACGGGCAUAAUAAACAUGAACUGUUGGAAAGCC